GUCGGGUAAAACGGGUUAGUAGGGAUGAACCAAGGGGCAGUAUUAUGUAAUUCUCGGACAUACGCUCGGCGCAUAUAUAAGCUUGUGGAAGGUUUAGAUCAAGCAGAAAGCCAGCAAGACUCAGCAGGUUUACUGUAUCACAGUCAGUCCAGCAAAACAAGCAAGAUGUACGCAAAACUCGCUCUUCUCGCCGUCGUGAUUGCCGUUACGGUUGCAGUGCCCACUCCUGGAGGAUACGGACACCAUAAGCAUGUGACAAUCCACGUGCCGUACAAGAUCCAUACAAUUCACCAUCACCACGUCUCCAAAGUGCAUGUACCAGUGCACGUACCUGUUAUCAAGGAGGUGCCCGUGAUCAAGGAGGUGCCUGUUUACAAGCACGUGCCUGUGCCCGUCGUGCAGCACGUGCCUGUGCCUGUCAUCAAGAAGGUGGAGGUGGAGAAGCAGGUGUACGUCCCGGUUCACGACCAUCACGAAGAGGUGCAUCACGGAUGGGAGAGCGAGUCGCUGUCGCACGGCUGGCACUGAUUCUCUUUACAUAUUAGAUUAGCAUUAGGUGAGAAUUGUGU